AGGCGAUCCCCAGCAGCCUGUCUCCCCACGCAGUCCGAGACAGCCGAGAAGAGGCCGAGGAGGUGAACCAUGGCCGCUUUACAACCCCAGAAUAUCAACUGGCAGAUGGCCUCUAAUCGGCAGGCACAUCACACAGACAAGUUCUCCAGCAAGGACCUCAUCCUGAGGAGGGGCCAGCCCUUCACCUACUCAAUAACCAUGAACCAGGACCCUGGAGACAACCUGGUGUUCAUAGUCUCCACAGGACCAGAACCCUCGGAGUCAGCCAGGACAAUGGCUGUGUUUUCACUCUCCAAUGGGUCGAGUAGUAGCGGCUGGAGUGCACAGCUUGUGUCCAACCAGAACAGCACCCUGACCAUCUCCAUCACAUCCCCUGUCAACGCACCUAUAGGAUGGUACACGCUGAGCCUCCAGCCCUCCCGGGGCAGUGGCUCCACUGUAAAACUUGGGAUGUUCAUACUGCUCUUUAAUCCUUGGUUGCAAGCUGAUGGUGUUUUUAUGAGUAACCAAGCAGAGAGAGAAGAGUAUGUUCAACAGGAUGCUGGUGCCAUCUAUGUGGGAAGUGCAAACCGAAUUAGUAUGGUUGGCUGGAAUUUUGGACAGUUUGAAGAGGACAUUCUCAACAUUUGCCUCUCAAUCUUGGAUAAAAGUCUGAAUUUCCGCCGUGACCCAGCCACUGAUGUGGCCCGCAGAAACGACCCCAAAUACGUUGGUCGGGUUCUGAGUGCAAUGAUCAAUGGCAACGAUGACAACGGUGUGCUUUAUGGAAACUGGAGUGGCAGCUACCCAGGGGGUGUGGACCCAAGGGUCUGGAACGGCAGUGUGGAGAUCCUCAAGCAGUGGAGAAGCUCUGGUUUCAAGCCAGUCCGAUUUGGCCAGUGCUGGGUCUUUGCUGGAACCCUCAACACAGUGCUGCGAUCUUUUGGGAUUCCCUCCCGAGUGGUUACCAACUUUAACUCUGCUCAUGACACAGACCGGAACCUCACUGUGGAUAUAUAUUACGACCCUUCAGGAAGGCCUGUGGAAAAAAGCAGUGACAGUGUGUGGAAUUUCCACGUCUGGAAUGAAAGCUGGUUUGUGCGGAAUGACCUGGGCCCUGCAUACAGUGGAUGGCAGGUUCUGGACGCCACUCCCCAAGAGAGGAGUCAAGGAGUGUUCCAGUGCGGCCCUGCCUCUGUGAAUGCCGUCCGAGAGGGUGAUGUGAACCUAGACUUCGAUAUGCCCUUCAUCUUUUCUGAGGUCAACGCUGACCGUGUCACCCGGAUCUAUGAUGCCAGAGAUAGCAGCGAGAGGCAGACUUCCGUGGACACUCGAAUUAUUGGCAUUUAUAUCAGUACCAAAGCAGUGGGCAGCUACUCUCGCAUGGAUAUCACUGAGACGUACAAGUACCCAGAAGGCUCCAGCCAAGAAAGAGAAGUGUUUGAAAAGGCUCUGAGCAAACUGAAACCCAGAGGGUCAUUCGGGGCAACAUCUGCAGGAGAUGUGGAAUCAGUGGACUUGGAGCCUAGCAUCUCAGGAGUGUUUAAGGUCACCGGUGUCCUGGCUGUGGGCAAGGAAGUCAACCUGGCCUUGGUCCUCAAAAACCUGACAGAUGAUGUGAAGAUGGUGACAGUGAACAUGACAGCCUGGACCAUUGUCUACAAUGGGACACUUGUCCACGAAGUGUGGAAGGACUCUGUCAGCAUAUCCUUGGAUCCCAAAGAAGAAAUCCAGCACCCCAUGAAGAUCUCCUACGCUCAGUACCAGAAGUACCUGAAGGCGGACAACAUGAUCCGCACCACUGCUGUGUGCCAGGUCACCGAUGAGGCUGAGGUGGUGGUGGCCAGGGAUGUCAUCCUGGACAACCCCACCCUGACCCUGGAGGUGCUGGACGAGGCCCGAGUGAAGAAGCCCUUGACUGUGCGGAUGCUCUUCUCCAACCCUCUGGACGAGCCGGUGAAAGACUGCAUCCUCAUGGUGGAAGGCAGCGGCCUGCUGCGCGGCAACCUCAAGAUCCAGGUGCCGUCUCUGCUCCCCAAGGAGCGGUCCCGUGUGCGCUUCGAGAUCCUGCCCACCAGGAGCGGCACCAAACAGCUGCUAGCUGACUUCUCCUGCAACAAGUUCCCCGCCAUCAAGGCCAUGCUGAGCAUCGAUGUGGCUGAGUGAACGGCCCAGGAGGCCCCAACAGGAACUUGGCUUCACAGAGCAGGCUUGCCUGGGAGUGUGAGCCCCUCACCCAUGCUGUCCUGCCUGGGGAACCCACUCUGCCCCCCCCCCCAAUGUCUGGACACAGACUUCCAGCCUCCAGCAGCCCCCCCCGCCCCACCCAACCUGGUCACACCUGCACACUUCACCUUCACCUGGGCUGCUGCAGGAUGGAGUGACACCCAGCCCAGCACCCCUCUGAGUGCAUGCAGGGCAGAAACAGUCUGGACUGGUCCACAGCCUGCUGUUCCUUCAAGCCACCAUGGAGGGAGGGGACAGUUCAACAUCUACCAUGACACUGACCUUCUAGUUCACAAAAUAAAUGUUCAAAGGAGCACUA